AUGGAUGAGGAAAAAGACAAGCGCUCUAGAACUCUGGUCGAAAAAGAAAUAUUUCCAGAGAACGGCCAACCUAAAGAAUUACUUGAGGAUGUCGAAGAUUCCUCGGAUCGAUAUCUCACUGGGUGGAGGCUUACGCUCGUAACAAUAUCUCUAGCCCUAGGAAUGUUCCUCACGGGCGUCGACAGUAGUGUCAUUGGCGUAGCAACUCCUGGAAUCACAACUUCAUUCCACACGAUCGAUGACCUUGCCUGGUAUGGUUCUGGCUAUAUGCUUCCACAUACUGCUCUUCAACCUAUCAUAGGUGCUUUCUACAAAUCUUUCAAUGUCAGAUAUGUCUUCUUGAUAUCGAUUAUUAUUUUUGAGGUUGGGUCUUGUCUGUGUGCUGCUGCACCUACUUCUGCAGCUUUUAUCAUCGGUAGGGUUAUAGCUGGAUGUGGUGCUGCUGGAUUGCUUCAGGGAACACUAGCAAUAGUUCGACUAUCUGUUCCUAAGAGAAAGAUCCCUCUAUAUUAUGGGCACGUCCUUAGCGUACAGGGACCAACGACAUCAGAUCCUCUCCUUCAAAAAUCACAGCGCAUGGACUGGGCCGGAACCAUCAUUUUUCUCAGUGCCUUUGUAUGUUUAUAUUUGGCUUUGCAAUGGGGCGGACAAACAAAGCCAUGGCGCUCAUCAGAAGUCAUCGGUCUCUUCAUCGGCUUUGGUCUUUUACUGGGUCUUUUUGCAUAUACUCAAAAGUUCACGGGCGAAAAUUCCCUCAUUCCUCGAGGAAUCUUGAAACAGCAAACUGUUUUAUUUGGUACCAUUUAUCUGAUUCUGUUUGGUCUCCAAAUGGCUGUUUAUUUACAAUACAUACCAAUAUAUUUCCAAGCUGUACGUGGUACAUCCGCAUUGAAUAUUGGAGUUCGGAUGAUAGCUAUGGACGCUGGCAGAAUCGUUUUCAUCAUCAUUUCGGGGAUCCUCGUUACUAAAUUUGGACAUUAUAUGCCUUACAUGGUCGUUGGAACUAUUAUCACUGUCAUCGCCGCAGGUCUGUUGACAAUGUUUGAUCUUAAUACCUCGACAGCUCACUCAACAGCUUUCAUGUUUCUUACCGGAGCUGGGGCAGGCAUAGGAGGCAAUCAACCUUUUACUGCGUUACAAGCUGCAUUGAAGUACGGGUCGUCCAUAUACCUAUCUACGAGUACAUUCUGA